UCCCGCCCCGGUGCCGCCCCGUCCCGUCCGCCCGGACUUUUGCUCCCGUUCGGGCCCGCGUUGUUCCGGGCCAUGUGAGCCGUAGGGUCGGUCCUUUGGGCCGCUACCGAACCGGUGCCGGUAUGGAACGCAGGAAAGUCUUCGUGGUGCUCGACGUGCUCUGCGUGGUGGUCGCAUCUCUGCCCUUUGUCAUCCUGACGCUGGUGAACUCCCCAUACAAACGAGGCUUCUACUGCAACGAUGACUCCAUCCGCUACCCCUACAAGGCAGACACCAUCACCCAUGGCCUCAUGGCUGGGGUCACCAUCACCUGCACCGUUCUCAUUAUCUCCUCGGGGGAGGCAUACCUGGUCUACACAGAGCGCCUCUACUCCAAGUCGGAGUACAACAACUACCUGGCUGCCCUCUACAAGGUGGUGGGGACCUUUCUUUUCGGGGGGGCCAUCAGCCAGUCCCUCACUGACCUGGCCAAGUACAUGAUCGGCCGCCUCCGGCCCAACUUCUUGGCGGUUUGCAACCCCGACUGGUCCAAGGUGAACUGCUCCAUCUAUGUGCAGCUGGAGAACGUCUGCCGAGGGGAGAGCAGGAACGUCACCGAGUCCAGGUUGUCCUUCUACUCCGGGCACUCCUCCUUUGGGAUGUACUGCAUGAUGUUCCUGGCGCUGUAUGUGCAAGCCAGGCUGGUGGGGAAGUGGGCCCGGCUGCUGCGUCCCACCAUCCAGUUCUUCCUCCUCGCCUUCGCCAUCUACGUGGGCUACACGCGGGUGUCUGACUACAAGCACCACUGGAGCGAUGUGCUGGCCGGGCUGCUCCAGGGCGCGCUCAUCGCCAUCCUCAUCGUUCGCUACGUGUCCGACUUCUUCAAGCACCGUCCACCCCGGCAGUGCGACGAGAAGGACCCGGAGCGCAAACCCAGCCUGCCGCUAACCCUGAGCGACAGCGACCGCAAUCACUACAGCUACGCGGGCGCCCCGUGAGCCGCACACGGGGCCUGGACUGUGGGAGUGGAGGGGUGGGGGGGGAACACGGGGCCUGGUGCCCACCAAAGGGCUCCAUCGCACUGCGCCGCAGCACCUCCCUUCCCUGCUCCCAGCAGUGUCACGGCUUUGGGGUCUAUGGGGCAGGGGGAGGCCUUGGGGCUGGGCUGGGGUCUGCGGGGCCUGGGAGCAGGGCAGGGGGAGGCCUUGGGCCUACACCAGCACUGUGAGGCCUACCCCAGUGCUCCGAGGCCUAUCCCGCCACGCUGAGGCCUACCCUGAGGCCUAUCUCAAGGCCUAUCCCUGCACCUUAAGGCCUACCCGAGGCCUAUCCCGAGGCCUAUCCCUGCACCCUGAGGCCUAUUCCAGCGCUGCAUACCCUUAUCCCUAUCAAACACUACCGCCUUCGGAGCACAAACCCUCACAGCACGACACAGGCAGGGCAGCCUGCUGGGCGAGCACUCCAUGUUUUGGAAGGGGUUGGAGCAGCCCGGAGCUCUGUUCCCUGGUGAACUUUAGCAGCCGUUCGGUGCAGCAGGGGCUGCUCCAACCCUUGGGGUGCUGCAGCUCCGGCGUGUCCUCUAUGGGGUGGAUUGGGGCAGGGGGAAAAUCUGUGGUAAAGGGGGUGGGGGUGGGGAAAGGGACGUGGAGCUGCACAUGGGGCUCUUAUCGCUGGGGGAAGGUGGGAAAUGGGCCGCAUCCGUCCUGGUUCUGAGCUGCAGCCGCCUCUGGUUUGGGUGAGCUGCGGCCCGGAGCGAAGCGCCAUGCGUUUGUGUGAUGAUGUGUUUUUGUAAAAAUGUGUUUUUUAAAUGAGAUCAUCCAGAAGGAA